CGGCACUGAGCCGGCGGAAUCCGUAUCACACGAAUCACAGACUAACCAUAUCCAGAUUAUUUUUGUUUUAUCUUCCGGGAAGGCAGGAAGAUCGUAAAGUAUCGAAAAGAUUAUCAAUCAAUUUUAUUAAGUAACAAUAAUAUUACUUAUGAAAUAAACAGUUAUCGUGAAAAUAAAAAGGGCAGAAAAGUAAAAAAAUAUCGAAAAUGAAAUUUUUGGGAAAAGUUGUAUUAAUAACUGGAGCCAGUUCUGGAAUUGGUGCAGCAACAGCAAUUCUUAUGUCAGAAUUAGGAGCAUCACUGGCUUUAACAGGACGUAAUCUUAAUAAUUUGCAAGAUGUCGCAAACAAAUGUAAAGAUCCAAAGCCAUUCAUUAUCACUGGAGAGAUAACAAACGAGAAUGAUGUUAAAAACAUCUUAGAUUCAACUAUCACACAUUAUGGAAAAUUAGAUGUUUUAAUUAACAAUGCUGGGACAUUAGAAAGCGGAAGCAUUGAAAAUACAAGUUUGGAACAAUAUGAUAGAGUGUUCAACACUAAUGUGCGUUCAAUAUAUCAACUGACGAUGCUGGCUGUUCCUCAUUUAAUCCAGACGAAGGGAAAUAUUGUUAACGUCUCAAGUGUCAAUGGCAUAAGAUCAUUCCCAGGAGUUUUGUCAUACUGCAUGAGUAAAUCGGCUGUGGAUCAACUAACACGAUGUGUUGCUCUAGAACUUGCAUCAAAACAGGUACGUGUGAAUUCAGUAAAUCCUGGAGUGACCGUAACACAGUUACACAAAAGAAGUGGUAUGACCGACGACGAAUUGAAAAACUUUUUUGAGAAAAGUAAAGCAACACAUGCCUUGGGUCGUGCUGGAGACGUGACCGAGGUGGCAAAAUCUAUUGCAUUUUUGGCGAGUGAUGACGCUAGUUUUAUCACUGGUGAAAAUUUGCCAGUUGACGGUGGACGUCACAUUAUGUGUCCUCGUUAAAUAUUUACAUAUUCGUAAAUAGCCAUAUUUCGUAAAUAUUUUUAAGAUAUAAAAAUACCUUGUUUUCAUCGAGGAGUACAAGUUUUUUAUGUUAGACAAACGAAUGGCUAUAUAUCUCUAAAGUGCCAUUAUUCUGCCAGUGGGAUAAAAAUAUAUUUUCAAUAACUUGCAAAAAAAAUUGAACAGUUUGAAUUUAAUUUUAGUAAGGGGAUAUUCACUUUGUUUUUGCUAAAAAGUACUGUGCACUUUUCUAUUUUCAUUUACUGUCACUCUAGAAUUUUUCAUUUACUAUUUGACUAAAGUUUUGAACGUUUAAAGGUCAAACCAUUUUAUUCCACCUAAUGUAUUUUUGACCUUUAUAAAAAAUUUCAAUACUUUGGGAAAAUAUUCUUAUCUGUUUUGGGAUAACGAAAUGCAUGAUGAUUUGUAAAAAAUAAUAACAUUUUGUAUAAAAAAGAUGAUUUAAAUUGAGAGUACAUGAAAAAAGGUUAUAUUGACAGACAUUACAAAAUAUAUAAACAAGUUGUUCAUUUCAUGACCAUUUAGCUUCUUCAAUAUAUAAAUAGAAAUUCGUGACGUAAUUCACGUACAAAAUUUUAGCAAACUCCAUCUAAACAUAAAUAUGUAUAAAAUUAAACUCUUUUAAUUUGUGUUUUGUACUUGAUAAAAGUAUCAAAUAAUUUGUAAUAAACUGUAUAAUAUGUUAUUUAAGUUUCUGUAUGAAAUGUCAAAAAUCGAUCUAUGUACAUAUGGUCCAAAAAUUUGGCAUAAAUAGGU